GGUCCAACCCCUCCCCGAAAGCAACAGGAAACCCCGCCAGCGAGCCAGCCCAGCCGCCAGCGUCCCGGGGCCCUUGGAAGGUUCGAUCCAGCCCAGGUCUAUGUGAAGCCUGGACUCUUGGACUCCUUGACCCAGCCACUGGGGCGGGACCCCUCUCCCCAGGAGGCAGAAUGGAGCUGGAGGAAGCAUACAAUGGGAACCCGCCGCCGGGUGCCCAGGGUGGGUCGGUGAUAGCGAUCAUCGGAGCGGAAGACGAGGAUUUUGAGAACGACAUAGAGCUGCUCCAGAACCCGGAUGCUCAGAGCAGCUUGUUCCAGAGCCUGGAGAACUUGAAGAAGCACCCGGCCUAUCUGAUGGUCUUUCUGCAGCACGUGGUGCUCCAAUUCGACUCCAGCCCAGUGCUCUGUUACCUGCACAUGGACCUCAUCCGGCACCUGACACCCAAGGAAGGGAAGAAGCAGUUUACGGAGUUCUGCCACACCUUCUUGGAUAAAGCAGGGUUGCUGCGGGUCCCUGUCCCAACCCCUGUGCAGUUUGAGCUGGACCGAACCCGACCGGACCUCCUUCCUGAUGACAUGCAGAGGAAAUUCUUGCUGGACAUCCAGGCGUUUCAAGAACCAGAGAUCUCCCGGCAGCUGGAGGACUUCAGGGAGAAGCGGAAGAUGGGGAUGACCCCCGGCGAGCCAGAGCUCUCCGAACUGGAAAGUUACCGGACCAAAGACAAAGGGAUCCGCGAGGCCAAGGAGAAGCAGCUGGCCGAGAUCCUCCUGGGCAGGCUGGAAGAGAUGCACCUCACCAUUUCUGCCGACGAGGAGAAAAGCUCUGCCAUCUUCUCUGCCAUCGUGACAUACAUGAAAUACCUGGGGGUUAAGACCAAGGGAGCCGACAGCAAGAAAUCCAAACCCAACUUCUUCCGCAAGAAGAUUUCUGGAACCAAGAAGCCUGAGGAGGCCCCCAAACCCAAGAAGGGCUUCAGCAUUUUGGACCCAGCCCGAUGGAACCGGGGUGACCACUAUUCUGAUUACAGACAAUCCAAACCUGAGGGUGAAGCAGGUGACAAGACGCCCGCAUUGGACAGGAAAGGGACCAAGGUAGCCGAGGGGGGCUCAGGGCGCAGCAAGGGGACCCCCUCUGUGUCGGACCCUUCGGGAGUGUCUGUCAGUGUUCACCCCCCGGCCGGAGAUGGCAACAACGGGGAACAGGGAUUGGACAGUCAGUCGCAAGUGGAUUUGGGGGACUCUCCGGUCGCCGAGCAGCCCGUCGCUGGGGAACAGCCUACGGUGGACGAUGGUGCUGAAAACGAAAGGCUGACGGGAAAGCUGGGCCGCUCGGAGAGCCUGCGGGUUUGCGACCGGAAGCGGUCCCAGCGGGGCUCGGCCAAGGGCAAGCAGCCACGCUCCCGGAGCGAUGUGGACAUCGAGGCCGCCGCACGGGCCAACGAGCUGGAGGAGAAGCCGUCCCUAGAUCAGGCCCGGCACAAGCAGGGGAGUCGCAAUUUGGAGCCAGGAGGGGCUGGGGGAGGGGAGCCCCCGCCGUCCUUUCUGCUUCCCCAGUCUGAGGAGAAUGAGCCGCGUGUUUCGGAGCUGGAGCUCGAACCGCCGAACUGGCGGGAGCUCGUCGGCCCCGAUACCCUCCUCAGGCUGAAGAAAAGCGAAGUGAAGCGGCAAGAGGUGAUCAAUGAGUUGUUCAUCACAGAGCACGCCCACCUGCGGAUGCUGAGGGUGCUGCUGGAGGUCUUCUACCAACCUCUGCUGACAGAAGGCUUCUUUGGGGCCAGCGACCUGGAGAACAUCUUCCCUAGCUUAGAAGACUUAGUCGAUGAACACAAGCUGUUUCUAGAAAGACUGAAGAAACUCCGGGAGGAAAACAACUCUCUGAUUGCGGAGAUUGGGGACACCCUGCUGGCUCGGUUUGAUGGGUCCGAAGGGAGCUGGUUCCAGAAGAUCUCGGCCCGCUUCUGCAGCCGCCAGUCUUUUGCCCUGGAGCAGCUGAAAGCCAAGCAGAAGAAGGAGCCCCGAUUCAACCAGUUCAUCCAGGAGGCAGAAAGUCAGCCCCGGUGCAGGCGGCUGCAACUGAAGGACAUCAUCCCCAUUGAGAUGCAGAGACUUACCAAAUAUCCUCUGUUGCUUCACAACAUUGCCAAAUGCACUGAAGAGGAGACGGAGCAGAAGAAGGUGCAGAAGGCAGCCGAAUGCUGUCGACAAAUCCUGAACCACGUCAACCAGGCUGUGCGUGAGAUGGAGAAUUUGCUGAAACUCAAAGACUACCAGCGCCGCUUGGAUCUCUCCAAUCUGAAGCAAAGCACCGAUCCACUGCUCAGCGAAUUUCGGAACACGGACAUCACCAGCAGGAAGCUUGUGUAUGAGGGACCACUGACUUGGCGUGUGACCAGGGAUAAAUCAGUAGAUGUCCACGUUCUCCUUCUGGAUGACAUCCUGGUCCUUCUGCAGAAGCAAGAAGAGCGCCUGGUGCUGAAGUGCCACAGCCGCAACAUCACCCCGACCCCGGACGGGAAGCAGAUGCUCAGCCCCAUCAUCAAGCUCAAUUCGGCCAUGACCCGCGAAGUGGCCACAGACCGCAAGGCCUUCUACGUGAUCUUCAGCUGGGAGAACGGGGCACAAAUCUACGAGCUGGUGGCACAGACAGUAUCCGAAAGGAAAAACUGGUGCAGCCUGAUCAGCGACACAGCCGGGUGCCUGAAGCUGCCUGCUUCGAACCGCCUGAAGCCACGGCUUUCAGUGCCGAACCGGACUUCACCACACUAUUUCUCUGAGCCACUGCUUGGUGGGGCAGAAAACGGCAGCAAGGAGGCAUUGCAGUCUGAAGAACGAGAGAAGGAUGGCCCACUGGAAGGAGCAGAGUUUGAGGAGCGUGGCUCUGUGGGUGAGCAGAGGUCCAGCAAGGCAGUGGAGGAAUUCUUGGCCGACAUCUUGCCCCUCUAUAAGCCAGAGCCUAAAGGACGUGGAUCCCUAGCAGAUUCUGCACAGGAGAGAGUUUGGGCACUGAAGAGGCUCCUGCAGCUAUUGGAGGAAGGGGAGGGCAGCUUCCCAGCAGACAGCGCCGACCAUCUCCCGGAGAAUGGGAACUCCUGCGAGGGGGAAGAGGAGGACGAUUGGGGCGCGGGAGACGGGACCGAGGCAGAGAACAGCAGGCGGCAUCAGAGCGAGAGUACGAGAACAGCAGACGGGACCCCCAACGGCCCUCAGGAGCCAGAGUGGAACUCAGAGCACUUGGAGAGGGAGGGGCGCAUCUCCCCCAUCGUUCUGUCCCACCAGCAGUUGGACGGGGUGAAGCAUCACUUGCGACUUCUGGAAGAUGCAGUUCAGGGACUGAAGGAUAUUGAAGCGGACUACUGGCGCCUCCAGCAGCUGAUGGGGAAACUCACAUCGCCUCAACACCCUAACUUUACAUGAGGCUGAGCCCAGCAU